AUGGAAGCCGCUCACCGUGAUAUCCUGAGGAAGAAUUACUCCGGCCUAGUGCAAGCUAUACAGCCAGUACAAGAGGUGGUCGACAAACUGUUACAGUUUAAAGUUCUCACUUGCCUCAUGAAAGCCGAGAUUAUCGAGAAACCACAAACCUCCUUUGACCGGGAAUUAGAGACAGACAAGACAGAGCUACAGGAUCCUCGUUGUCAUAUAGACUUAGGCAAUGACGUAUUUGUGACGGCCAAGAUGUGGAAUGAUGAACUGAACAUUCAUGUAAGGAAGUACGAUGUAUAUCCUAGUGGGAGAAGUUAUCCUACCAAACGUGGUAUUGUCCUGAGUUUGAAACAUUGGCUGGAACUUAGUGGAGUCCAUUUCAAGCUUCAGGAGGCCAUCGAUCAAGGAAGGACCCAUGAUUAUGCUCAUGUUGGAGCCAAUAUGUAUGCUACUUUGGAUCCAAAUGGUGGUGUGGAUCUACGACAGUGGGAGAAAUAUGAACACCUGGGAAGAGUGGUACCUACGGCUAAGGGUAUCUUGUUAUCCAAACAACAAUGGCAGAAACCGAGAGACUGUUGUGAUGUGAUGACAGAUUUCGUGCCAGAACUGAAAGAGAUGGUUCCUUGUAUGGGACAAGAGGAUCAUCAAAACCAGAUAGGGUACCUCAUGUGUUCCUUCUGUAACCCUAACUCGGACCACAAAGCAGUCAACAACGUGCCCCGUGUGCAAUCAGAUUUUUUCCAGAAGGGACGUCAUGCUUAG